CCCGAUUCUGGGGUCUGGACUGCCCUUACAGAGUUAUCGAGAUCUAUUUUCUUCAGUUCUCUAAAAAUCUCUCUCAAAACACUCGUUGUACUUUGAAGGUGCCUGGUAUGGAGAAGACGAUGGCGUGGCUUGUCCUUGCCCUUCUCUUGAUUUGCACUGCAACACAAGUAAGAUCGGAUGGUUCUGAUCAUCGAUACAAAGCUGGAGAUCAGGUCCCUCUCUACGCCAACAAGGUCGGCCCUUUCCACAAUCCCAGCGAAACAUACCGCUACUUCGACCUCCCUUUCUGUUUGCCAGCUCAUGUGAAAGAGAAAUCGGAGGCUCUUGGUGAAGUUUUGAAUGGUGAUCGUUUGGUCAGUGCUCUCUAUAAACUUGACUUUUUAGUUGAUAAGGACUCUGAAAUUAUUUGCAAAAAGAAGCUGACAACGAAGGAAGUUGCUCAGUUCCGAAGUGCUGUUACAAAGGACUACUUUUUCCAAAUGUACUAUGAUGACCUGCCACUCUGGGGUUUCUUAGGGAAGGUUGACAAGGAAGGCAAAGCUGACCCCAGCGAGUACAAAUACCAUCUUUUUAAGCAUCUUCUCUUUGAGAUCCUUUACAAUAAGGAUCGUGUCAUUGAGAUUAAUGUACGAACUGAUCCUAAUGCCCUUGUGGACCUUACUGAGGAUAAAGAAGUUGAUGUUGAUUUCAUGUACACCGUCAAGUGGAAGGAAACAAAUACUCCUUUUGAUAAGAGGAUGGAGAAGUACUCUCAAUCUUCUUCACUACCACAUCACUUGGAAAUCCAUUGGUUCUCAAUAAUUAACUCCUGCGUCACAGUUCUCCUCUUAACUGGUUUUCUUGCCACGAUUCUCAUGCGAGUCCUGAAGAAUGAUUUUGUUAAGUAUGCCCAUGAUGAGGAGGCGGCUGAAGACCAAGAAGAAACUGGGUGGAAGUACAUCCAUGGCGAUGUUUUUAGGUACCCAAAACACAAGUCUCUGUUUGCUGCUGCCCUUGGUUCUGGAACCCAGCUAUUUGCCCUUACAUUAUUUAUCUUUGCACUUGCUCUGGUUGGUGUGUUCUAUCCAUACAAUCGAGGAGCGCUGUUCACUGCACUGGUUGUCAUAUAUGCACUUACAUCUGGGAUAGCAGGCUAUACUGCAGUCUCUUUCUACUGUCAGCUAGAAGGAACAAAUUGGGUGAGAAAUUUGCUGCUGACUGGAAGCCUAUUUUGCGGACCCCUGUUUCUUACAUUCUGCUUUCUCAAUACAGUUGCAAUUGUUUACAGUGCUACCGCAGCACUGCCUUUUGGUACAAUAGUUGUGAUAGUCCUCAUUUGGACUCUAGUAACGUCACCUCUGCUAGUAUUGGGUGGGAUUGCAGGGAAGAAUAGCAAGGCAGAGUUUCAAGCUCCUUGUCGCACCACAAAAUAUCCAAGGGAGAUCCCACCUUUGCCUUGGUACCGUGGAACUCUUCCUCAGAUGGCAAUGGCAGGGUUUCUUCCUUUCAGCGCAAUUUAUAUUGAACUCUACUACAUAUUUGCCAGUGUGUGGGGUCACAGGAUCUAUACCAUAUACAGCAUCCUAUUCAUAGUCUUCAUUAUUCUCCUGAUUGUUACUGCUUUCAUUACUGUGGCAUUGACAUAUUUUCAACUUGCUGCUGAGGAUCAUGAAUGGUGGUGGAGGUCUUUCCUCUGUGGUGGAUCAACUGGUUUGUUCAUCUAUGGCUACUGCUUAUAUUACUACUAUGCACGAUCGGAGAUGUCAGGUUUCAUGCAAACUUCGUUCUUCUUUGGGUACAUGGCUUGCAUCUGCUAUGGUUUUUUCCUCAUGCUUGGGACUGUUGGUUUCCGUGCUGCACUGUUAUUUGUCCGUCAUAUAUACCGCUCUAUCAAGUGUGAGUAGCAAGUUGGUCUUUCUGAUCAAGAGGUAUGUUUUAAGGAUUUUUUGGGAUUCCCUCAGUGAUCAAGGACCAUGUAGGACCGUAGGACUUAUCCGAAGGAAGCUUGUAUUGUUUUACAUCAGUACUAUGUGGAAAAUAUUAUAUUUUAACGUUUUCAGCACAACAAUAUAUAUGAUAUAUAUAUUAGUGUUAGAAUUUUUAUAUGAGAUUUUAUUGUUGUUUCAA